CUUGCAGCCCCUUUAUUCAGACAGCCAGAUGUUACGCCAGACCUGUGAGAAAAAGAAGGAAAGACAUCCCCAGCCAUUUGGAUGACCUUCCUCCCACGAUGCUGAAGAAAGGUUAUGUCAAUGUCCCAGUAGUAAAUAGUGUGGAUGAUGUAGUGAAAAGGCUGUUGUCACUGGAAAUGGCAAGCCAGAAGGAGAAGAUGAAAGUAAAGAUAGAGCAGCUGGUGGAGAAGGUCAGGAGGUCUCCCAAUGACAAUGGCUCUUUUGAGGUGCAAGUUGCUAAAUUGACUGCCAAGAUACGCACUUACGAGGAGCAUCUUCAGAAGCAUCCCAAGGAUAAAAUUAACCGCCGCCGCAUGCUGAUGGAUAUAGAUCGCCGGAAGAAACUCCUGAGCUAUCUGCGGCGUGUGCGCUUUGACACCUUUGAGAACACCUGCAAGCAGCUGAAUAUCCAGUACAGCCUGCCCCCUCCCUACCUCAGGAGGAUCACCAAGCGCUGGCUGGUGAAGAAGGCUUUCUGUCAAAAGGUUUUUCAGGAGGUGCAGAAGUUGAAAGCGCCGGAGAGGCUGAAGCAGAGGAGAGAGUGGCGAGAAAGAGCCAGAGCUGCGCGGGAGAAGGAGGCGCAGGCGCAGCACGAGGGGACGCCGGUGUAG